CCAGUCACACAAGGGAACUUCACGACAUGUGUGAAGCUUCAAUUCCAUUUGCCACACCCUUGACAUUCUGUUCAGUUCUCAUUUAAACCAAACAUAGACUUCUCUGAUUUGAGGACUCAACUCCAGUUUUGUUUAAAGAAUCAUAAAAGAAAUAAACAUGGACGUUCAGUGUGGACAUUGCUGGCGUUGUGAAGUUCAACUGGAACAGACCAUUCAAUGCCCCGAUUGCAAGAUGGCAGAGUAUUGUAGCACAACAUGUGAACACAGAGACAGAGUUAGACAUAGGAGUAGAGAGUGCCCGUUAUUUGGAACAAGAUCAUGCAACAAAUGCAAAAAGAAGGGUACAAUGAAAGAGUGUGCACGUUGCAACUAUGCAUGGUACUGUAACAGAGAGUGUCAAACAAGUGAUUGGGCCAAUCAUAAGGCGGAAUGCAAGGAGACAAAGGCAACAAAUAAAAAAUUAGCAGCUCUUUUAAGAGAAGAAUACACUUCAAUGCGUACUGACAGACUUGAUAAUUUCCCUUAUUAUUUUGGAAACUGCAUUGCUAAAGACUUCUUGCAACUUGCUAACAAUGAAUGGUCUGAUGGGUCAAUAAAGGAAACUGACAGGGAUUUUCAUAUAUUGUCAGCUGGUUGCGGAGACUUACGCAACACUGUCUUGACAGCAGCUUCCCUCCCUGCCAGGUACCAGGGAAGUCUUUACAUCACUCUCAAUGACUUUGACCCUUUUGUCAUGGCAAGGAAUGUCUUGUUUCUCUUUAUGUUGGUUCGGUUUGCAGACACUGAGGGAAUUGAGAGCAGUCUGACUACCAUCUGGUACUCAGUUCACAUUACAAAGAAAGAGUAUGACUUGAUCAAGACCAGCUUGGAUGAGCUCAUUCAGAUGACCCCUGAAGGUCUCCAAGAGGUCACUCAAGGGUUGGUCAAAGUUCAAGGUGAAGAUCUUGCAGUCAUGAGUCAAGUUUGGGACGAAUGGAGAUCACUUGAAUGCCAACGAGGGAAACGAUCCUCAAUCAAUCUCAGAAAACAAAGACAAACUGUACUUGAUAAAUCGAAAAAAGAAAUUGAACAAGAGCAUGGUAAGGGCCAAGUAUUACGUUAUACAAAUCAUUUAGAGUCAUCCAGUGCUGAAAAGCAAUUUGAAGAAUGGUUUGACCAUGGGAUGUUCCUCCCCAAAAAAGAAAAACAAGAACUAAUGUCAUAUGAUAAUCCGACACUAACAGGGCGUGAAGCUGAUCUCCCAAUCACUAAAAAGCAGAGCCCAAAGGAUUAUGCCUUUGUGUACUGUAUCAGCACGUUUUUCCAUCCCUUCAGAGUGUGGGAUUGCUUGAGAGUGAGGGAGUCUGAGACCAGACCCUACCCAACCCCUAUGGAAAUGUACCACAAUUAUAUCACAAAACUACUAAAGAAGGUAAAAAGUUUCAUCCAGAAUGGAAGACUUUUUAUUCAAGUCUCACUGGCCAAUUGUAUGGACUUUCCUUCAGUACAUAAUGCUCUGAAGAUGCCAAACUAUGAUCGUAUCUUCACAUCCAAUAUUGCCGACUAUGUUGGGUUUGCCAAGCUCCUGCAAGACUUCAAACCACUUCUUAAUUCUAGUAAUCACUACUCAGUACUUAUUACUGAGACAAUGAACUGGGCAGAUUUUAUACAUGAACCUAAGGACACAACAGACUAUAAACCUUGCAUGAAAUCAUACUGCCUGGAUACAGACCGGGAUUAUAAUGACCUUAACACUGGACCUUUCAUCUGGAUGGAAUACUUUGAUAAUUCCCCUAUCUUUCUUGCAUAUCUGCGUGCACAAAUCAUGGCAGGGGGUGUUGGGGUGCAGCCAUUGACUUAUUUGCCAUCAUUUGGUGAAGUGAUGAAGUACAAUGGCCUAGAAAUGCGUGACUUUCGUAAGAAGCUGAAUCGUCUUGUCCCAUUUCAUCAUCGAGUGAAUAAUCGUGAUUUGACCCUGAUCAAUGUAACAGACAGAGCAGUGGAGUGGUGUCUGCCACAUUCUGAUGGCUAAGUUCAAAGAAGUUUGACAUUUAACUUAGAUCGAUAUCUAAUCUAAUCUAAUCAGGUGCAUGGACAAUGUAGAUCUAA